CUCUUUCACCGCCUAGCCACAUCUUCCACUGCCGUCCGCCCGGAAAGACGAUGUCGAGGCUUAGCUGGGGUUACAGCGACCACAACGGUCCUAUUCAUUGGAAUGAAUUAUUCCCUAUUGCUGAUGGGGACCAGCAAUCUCCCAUUGAGAUUAAAACCAAAGAAGUAAAAUAUGACUCCUCCCUCCGAUCUCUUAUUAUCAAGUACGAUCCAAGCUCAGCUAAAAUCAUCAGCAACAGUGGCCAUUCUUUCAGUGUUGACUUUGACGAUACAGAGGACAAAUCAGUUCUGCGAGGGGGUCCGCUCACUGGAAGCUACAGACUCCGACAAUUCCACCUUCACUGGGGGUGCGCUGAUGACCACGGUUCUGAGCAUGUGGUAGAUGGAAUGCGAUACUCCGCAGAGCUCCAUGUUGUUCACUGGAAUUCAGACAAAUAUCCCAGCUUUGUGGAGGCAGCUCAUGAACCUGAUGGACUAGCUGUCGUGGGAGUAUUUUUACAGAUUGGUGAACAUAAUUCCCAACUGCAAAAGAUUACUGAUAUUUUGGAUUCCAUUAAAGAAAAGGGAAAACAAACUCGAUUCACAAAUUUUGAUCCAUUAUCUCUGCUUCCUCCAUCCUGGGAUUACUGGACGUAUCCUGGAUCCCUCACAGUCCCACCUCUUCUUGAGAGUGUCACUUGGAUUGUUUUAAAGCAACCUAUAAAUAUCAGCUCUCAACAGCUGGCCAAAUUUCGUAGCCUACUAUGCACGGCUGAGGGCGAGGCAGCAGCUUUUUUGUUGAGCAAUCACCGUCCGCCACAGCCUCUGAAGGGCCGCAAAGUGAGAGCCUCCUUCCAUUGAAAGUGAUCACCAAUGGGCUUCUCCAAACAAGACUGUGGAAAGACAACUGAAAACAAAACACAACACAACACCCCAACCAACAGUUUUUCUCUGGAGUCCUGAACCAUGGGAUAACAUGUUGCUAUCAGCUUUAGUGCCA